CAACGGACACUUUCAUCCCUGAAGAAUUGGUGGAGACUGUCGUCCCUGAGGAAACAAUGGAAACUGUUGUCUCUGAAGAAUUGGUGGAAACUGUCGUCCGUGAGGAAACAACCAAGACUGUCGUCCCUGAAGAAUUGGUGGAGACCGUCAUCCCUGAAGAAACAACCAAGACUGUCGUCCCUAAAGAAUCGGUGACGACUGUCGUCCCUGAAGAAACAACCAAGACUGUAAUACCUGAAGAAACAACCAAGACUGUCGUCCCUAAAGAAUCGGUGACGGCUGUCGUCCCUGAAGAAACAACCAAGACUGUCGUGCCUGAAGAAUCGGUGACGGCUGUCGUCCCUGAAGAAACAACCAAGACUGUCGUGUCUGAAGAAUCGGUGACGGCUGUCGUCCCUGAAGAAACAACCAAGACUGUCAUCCCUGAAGAAACAACCAAGACUGUCAUCCCUGAGGAAACAACCAAGACUGUCGUCCCUGAAGAAACAACCAAGACUGUUGUCCCUGAAGAAACAACCAAGACUGUCAUCCCUGAAGAAUCGGUGACAGCUGUCGUCCCUGAAGAAACAACCAAGACUGUCAUCCCUGAAGAAACAACCAAGACUGUCGUCCCUGAAGAAACAACCAAGACUGACGUCCCUGAAGAAUCGGUGACGGCUGUCGUCCCUGAAGAAACAACCAAGACUGUCAUCCCUGAAGAAUCGGUGACAGCUGUCGUCCCUGAAGAAACAACCAAGACUGUCGUCCCUGAAGAAACAACCAAGACUGUCAUCCCUGAAGAAACAACCAAGACUGUCGUCCCUGAAGAAACAACCAAGACUGUCAUCCCUGAAGAAACAACCAAGACUGUCGUCCCUGAAGAAACAACCAAGACUGUCAUCCCUGAAGAAACAACCAAGACUGUCAUCCCUGAAGAAACAACCAAGACUGUCAUCCCUGAAGAAACAACCAAGACUGUCGUCCCUGAGGAAACAACCAAGACUGUCGUCCCUGAAGAAACAACCAAGACUGUCGUCCCUGUGGAAACAACCAAGACUGUCGUCCCUGAGGAAACAACCAAGACUGUCGUCUCUGAAGAAACAACCAAGACUGUCAUCCCUGAAGAAACAACCAAGACUGUCGUCCCUGAGGAAACAACCAAGACUGUCGUCCCUGAAGAAACAACCAAGACUAUCGUCCCUGAAGAAACAACCAAGACUGUCGUCCCUGAGGAAACAACCGAAACUGUCGUCCCUGAAGAAACAACCAAGACUGUCGUCCCUGAGGAAACAACCAAGACUGUCGUCCCUGAGGAAACAACCGAGACUGUCGUCCCUGUGGAAACAACCAAGACUGUCGUCCCUGAGGAAACAACCAAGACUGUCGUCCCUGAGGAAACAACCGAGACUGUCGUCCCUGAGGAAACAACCGAGACUGUCGUCCCUGAGAAACGUCCCUCUGAGGAUAAGGUUUUAGCAAGAGAGAAUGGUACCCUAAUGGUUCUCCCACCAGCUAAUGAAGCUCCAGGUGUAGCAGAGGAAACUACACCAGGAACAUCAACAGUGGGACCUACCGAGGAGACAACCACUCAGUCCACAACACGCUCUCCUAAGUAUGUAGUGGAAACCAACAAUGGAAACUUUCCGGAUGUACCAGUCCGACCCUACGUAGAACAAGACAUCUUUUUGGGGAACAAUGACUUUGUGGAGGAGGAAGAGGAUGAUAACUCGAUUGGUAAUGAGAUAGACGGCACACUGCUGCGACCCCCACGACCCCUGAAGGAGUUUGUGGUGGAGCAGCGGAUCAAACUGAAGGGAGAAACCUUCAGCAACGCUCUGAGAGACACCAGCAGCUUGCAGUACCAGCAGCUGGCCAAGCAGUUCAAACGCAGGGUUGAAGACGCCUUCAACAGGCUGCCAGGCUUCAAAAGCCUUGACAUAAUUGAAUUCAGGCCUCAGAAGGACCUGCAGCGGGGUCUGGUGGUGCAGGUCCACUACGCCAUCACUCUGGACCUGGAGGUGGACAGCGGUGGGGUCUCCACUGACACUCUGGACUUCAUCACUCUGCAGAAUAAUCAGGUGGAGCGGAGCUACGUUGGAUCUGCUGAACAGCCCACCGUCAUCUACACAAUCACUGAUUUCCGUAACUACAUCACCGAAGCUCUGCACAAAGAUAACGUCCAGGUCAACAGCAGCCUGGACCAUGCAGAAAACGUUCCUCCUGUGAAACCUACAAGUGAACCGGAUGAAGCUUACAACAACAUGGAUAACGUUCUGGCUGCAGAGAAACCUCCUGAUGCGCCGAUCCAUGAGCCAGACACCAGUGAGGUUUUCCUGAAGAAGGAGGACUUCCUGUUUGACACCAGGGACCAGUGGAAAGGUCCACUCAGUGAGGAAGUGAGUGAAAACGACGUCUUCUUAUUCGAUGAAAGUACAACAGCUCCACAGACCGUUAAAGUCCAAAAGACUGUUGACCUGGAGCCAAUAACUAAAGACGACAGUGGAAACAUUGAAGGUGAGGGAUUCCUUCUCACUACGUCUCCAGGCGCCGUGGAUGAUCACCAGACGGUUGUUCCUGAAGGUUCAGCGGUCACUUCACCUCCAAAACCCUCUGAGGCCACGUUUGAUCAUGGAUCUGGAUCUGGUUUCUCUGGAGAUGAUCAGGAUUCUUCUCUCUGGUCUUGGGAGGCUUCAGAAACACCUGACAUCACUUAUGACCGGGGGGUCGACACCCAGGAAGUCCUUCCACCUCCUGACCUGGAGCUGGACACGGAGGAUGAUGUGGAACCAGCUGAUGUUUUACUGGUGACAACCCCCACGUCUGAUGACUCUCGCACCCAGAAACCUCUGGUUGGUGUCUUUGUGACGCCACUGAGCACAGACACACCAGACUUCACCACACCUCAAGUUCUUCUAACUUCAACUGAGGCAGCCGUGACUCUGGACCUUUCUGUUCAAACAGUGGAAGCAUCUGGUUUCCAUGACAACUAUUCUCUGAUUGAGCCUCAGACCCGAACAGUUCCUGUUACAUCUUCUAAAACCUGGACUCCAACUGAAAACAUGGAGGAAGAGAUGCUGGGGGUCACUGUCUCAGAAAUCCUAAAGAUGGAAAGUGAAGAAGCCCAGACUGAAGCUCCUCUCACUCUGGACCUACCUACAUUUGUUGAAGUGCAGGGGGUCACAUUUGGUGAACCCAGCGGUGAAACAGCCGCCGGUGGUCCAGAACAGCCUCAGAUCCUGGCUGAGAAAUCUGAGCUGCCGCUCCCAGAAACCAGAGAACCCAGUGAGGUUGAGAUUUUGGAGGAGCAGCAUUUAGGAACCACUCACUCCACCACCACAGCACCUUCAACUGAAGGCCUGGACCAGGACCUGGCUGUGGAUGAAGUCAUUGUUGUCACUACAACCACAGCAACUCCAGUCCCAACUUCACCCCCAGCCUUGGAGCACAGCAUUGCGCUCUCCCCUGAGAAGGAGUCGCCUUUCACUCGAGUCUCUGAUUCAGUGCCAGAAGAUGAGGAUCUCUUUCACCAUGAGCAUCACGACGAGGUCACUGAUGUUUCCACAAGCUCCGGUUCUUCAGACGAUUUUCAGUCGACACCAGCAGAAAAGACUCCAACUGAUCCUGGACAGGGAUUCCUGGGUGCUUCAGAGCAACACAUAGAGACAACCAAACCUUCAGGAGAGGAAGCAGCACUUCCUACAAAUGAACCUUCAGAGGAAAUUGUAAAACCUUUGGAUGAGGAAGAAUGGCCUUUUAAACAUGAAGAACCUCCAAAACACAAAGCUGACCCUCUGGACGAUGCCGUAGUCAAACCUCAUGGAGUUGAAAGCAAAGUCGAAUCCUCAGAAACUGAAACUGUGACAGUGAAGAGUGAAGCUUCUGGUGGAGACAAGCAAACUCCUCUGGCAGAACAACCCAGUUCUCCCAUUUCUCCCAGCGUCUUCUCCCAGGGAGCUGGAGAAGAUCCUGACUCUCCAAAAGGAGAAAGUGUGGAAGUGCAACCUUCAGGAAAGGAACUGGAAACCUUUAGACCUGAAGAAGAGUCUUUAGGAGGCAAAUUUCAACCUGCUGAAGAACAAAAAGAACCUUUUGGGGGAGAGGUAGAAUCUUUAGGGGAACCUGAACCAUCAGAAAUAAAAGUAGAACCUUCUGGAGAAGUAGAAGUAACUCCAGAGGUGAAAAUUCAACCUUCUGGAAAAGGAGCCGAGUCUCCAGUUGUGCAUGUGGAGCCUUCUGAUGGACAUUCUGAAGAAGUGCAAGUCUCACCUUCCAGAGAAGUAAAGAAAGAAGAGGAAGGAGAACAUUUUGGAAAGGAAGUGGCUCCUUCACAUGGGAAAGUGGAACCAGAACCUUCCAGAGAAAUAGUCACUGCUCUCCUUCCAACACCAUCUUCCUCACAGCCCAACGUUAACGACAGCUCUUCUGUCAUCAACCUGGACUAUGACUUCUCUGACAUGCCGAGUAUCGAUGUGAGCAUCGACCUGGUCCAGUACGGCUCUGGGGAAGCUGAUGGUGAAAGCAGUGGCUUCUCCAGUGAAGCUCGGGGUUCAGACCUUGAAGCUUUUCCUUUGCCAGGCCGGCCGGGCAGAGCUCUGACCGUGUUCUUCAGCUUGAGGGUCACCAACAUGGCUUUCUCCAGGAAUCUCUUCAACAAAAGCUCCUCGGAGUACAAAUCUCUAGAACAGCAGUUCACACAGCUGCUGGUCCCAUACCUCCAGUCCAAUCUGAACAACUUCCAGAACCUGGAGAUCCUGAACUUCAGAAACGGCAGCAUUGUUGUAAACAGCAGAAUGCGUUUUGGCAAACCGGUUCCCAAAGAGGUCACCAACAUCAUCUACCUGAUUCUGGAGGACUUUGCCAACACGGCCUACCACACCAUGAACCUGGCCAUCGACAAGUACUCACUGGAUGUUGAAUCAGGUGACCGGGCCGAUCCCUGCAAGUUCCAGGCCUGUAACGAGUUUUCCAAGUGCAUGGUGAACCAGUGGACUGGAGAGGCAGAGUGUGUGUGUGAUCCUGGAUAUAUGAGCAUCGAUGGCCUGCCGUGUCAGAGCGUCUGUGACGCUCAGCACAACUUCUGCCUCAACGACGGCAAAUGUGACAUCAUUCCUGGCAAGGGCGCCAUCUGCAGGUGUCGUGUUGGGGAGAACUGGUGGUACCGCGGUGAGCACUGUGAGGAGUACGUCUCUGAGCCGCUGGUGGUCGGCAUCGCCAUCGCCUCGGUGGUCGGCUUCCUCUUGGUGGCUGGAGGAAUCAUCUUCUUCCUGGCCAGAAUGCUCAGAGAGCAGUAUGAUGGUGAAGACACAGAGGAUCCGCUCAGACGGCAUGAAAGCGUUCCGACUUUGGAGCGAGCCACCAAGUUCAACCCGAUGUUUGAGAGCGACCCGGUCUCUGCUCAGUACUACCGGCGCUACGAUGACAGCCUGCCCCAGUACCACCAGUGCUGCGACUCGACGCUGAACCAGUGCUGCUCUAAAGAACUGACCAGUGAAGAAAUUCAGAACAUCUGCCAGAACACGGCUCUCUCCAAUGAGGAGAUCCAGGAGCGUCUCAGAAUAAUCGAGUUGUGCUCCAGGGAUCAGCGCUUUGCAGACUUUGUUCGGCAAACGCAAGUAUUCCUGGAGAGGAGAGGAAGCUCCACAACGUAGCGUCCUGACAACCGCAGACCUCCAGAAACCAGCCUGCAUCUUUAAAUGGAGGAGGAAGACCAAUUUGUCAUGAUGCUGCUGUUCGCUGAGCUGAAGGUGACCAGAUCCUGACAGAUGUUGGAGUUUAUUUUUUUUGUCCUGAAGUGAACUUGAUUUUUGAUUCCGUUCUGUGUUUUUGUAUCUUGACGUCUUGUUUUGAAGGAACACUUUGAUUUCUGAUCUUUGCUCGCUGGACAUUACCUCUGUCUUACACAUUCUGCCAGACUUCCUCUCCAGCUUGGAUCGAAGGGUUUCUGGUUGCAUCCUGACCUCCUGGUCUCCACCCGAGCUAGUCUUUGGUGUAAUCCUGGACGCCGGUGACCGGCAGUGUUUCUCCCUCUGGUGCCUUCACUGUUCUGUUAGCUCUUCUGGGAUGUGAUGCAAACAGAUCUCUCGAUCAAAAGCAACUUUUACAUAAAUCCACAACACCAAACAUCAUCAACCUCCUGCUUUUUCUACUGCUUUCUCAUCACUAAUGUUUACAUUUCUGUAGUAGAGGUAGAGCUUAACUCUGACUGCAUGAAAUGAUGAAUAUGUCUAGUUUGUGUUUUCUAAAACUUUAGCUGCUUCUCAUUAGAGCGAUGAAGCCCCAAUCUUUCCCUUCAGUUUCAUUAAUGUGUUUAUUUAGUGGAUCUGAAGCAUCUGGAUCUUAUAGAACAAACGCUUUGGACAAGAGACAAUUUUUAGUUCUUCAGAGAUGCUCUGGUACCUCAUUACUGAGCAAACAAAGCAACAACACAACAAAAUGGGUCGAAUCCAGCUGAGGCUGCUUUAAUGUCAGCCUCUUGGAAAAGGUGCUAACCACUUUAUGUCAUCGCUAAAUGUUCAAGUUAUUCACCAGAACUGACAAAAUGUUGUGACCCAGCAGAAAAAAUAAUAAUUAGUUGUUUCAGUGAGACUCUCUGGUACUUUCUGCUUUCAACAGUGACAGCUUCAGGGUUUCUCAAGCUGUCAUGAUCUGGUUCUGGUAUUUUCUUGAUCCGGUUCUGAAGAUCAGCUGGCUUUAUUUCUUUCUUUCUGAAUCCUGACUACCAGCUGCGUUGUUUCACAUUUAUUUAUGUUUUCUGCUCAAUGAACUUCCUACCAUGCUGUUUGUUCUAUGAUGAAAUAUUUUCUUAUCUUGAGAAAAUGUUUUACUUCAUCUGCAGAACGUCGUGUCCAAUUUCUGAAAAUACAGACCUGAACGUUGAAGCAGCUUAACAGCUAACUUGUUUUUAGAUGUGCAAAUAGAGACCAUGAACAAGUUUUAUCGUAAUUUUCCUCCUAAAUGUUUAUCCUGAUGUUUUAAAAAUCCGUCUCUUUAACUUCCUCCGGUUCCUCAGACGGUUUUAACGUUUGAACGUUGACGUUCUCGGCCCUCAUGUCUGUCGCUGUGGUUUGUAUCGUGUGUUUUUAUCUCGGUUUGUCUGAUUUUUAGUCUGAAGCUGUAACGUAAGCGUGGGAGGUGGCGCACUUUUUAAAAUAAAAUGCUGACAUUUUUUU